GUGUACGCAUGUGCUGUGUCCGUGCGCAGUCGCAUUGUGUCUUGAGUUGGAGGCGCGGGUUGAAACAGAGUAACGGAGGAGAAGAGGGGUUAUAUAUAUUAACAUCCUUCUUAAAAAAUAAAACUCGAAACAUUUGCAUUUAUUUGUCUUUUCAAAUAAUAAUAAUAAUUUACUGCAAGGAAGUAAAAUGGCAGAGAAAGAAGUUUAUGACGAUGCUGUUGAAGAACGAGUUAUCAAUGAAGAAUACAAGAUCUGGAAGAAGAACACCCCUUUCCUUUAUGACUUGGUGAUGACACAUGCGCUGGAAUGGCCAAGUCUCACAGUACAGUGGCUUCCAGAUGUGACCAGACCGGAGGGAAAGGACUAUGCUGUUCACAGGCUGGUGUUGGGCACUCACACCUCAGACGAACAGAACCAUCUGGUAAUUGCCAGCGUUCAGAUCCCCAGCGAUGAUGCCCAGUUUGACGCUUCCCACUACGACAGUGAAAAAGGAGAAUUUGGAGGAUUUGGAUCAGUGAGUGGAAAAAUAGAAAUUGAAAUUAAAAUCAACCACGAGGGAGAAGUAAAUCGGGCCAGAUACAUGCCACAAAACCCAUGUAUUAUUGCAACAAAGACGCCAACGUCAGAUGUGCUUGUCUUUGACUACACUAAACACCCCUCCAAACCAGACCCCAGUGGAGAGUGCAGUCCAGAUCUACGGUUGCGAGGCCACCAGAAAGAAGGCUAUGGGCUUUCUUGGAAUCCAAACCUGAGCGGAAAUCUUCUCAGUGCUUCUGAUGACCAUACAAUAUGCCUGUGGGAUAUAGGUGCAGGACCAAAAGAGGGUAAAAUCGUGGAUGCCAAGACCAUCUUCACUGGCCACACUGCUGUAGUGGAGGACGUCUCUUGGCACCUGCUUCAUGAAUCCUUGUUUGGUUCUGUUGCUGAUGAUCAGAAACUCAUGAUCUGGGACACCAGGUCGAACAACACGUCUAAGCCCAGUCACUCUGUGGAUGCCCACACAGCUGAAGUCAACUGUUUGUCCUUCAACCCCUACAGCGAGUUUAUACUAGCAACCGGAUCAGCCGAUAAGACGGUGGCUCUUUGGGAUCUUAGAAACCUUAAACUGAAACUUCAUUCUUUUGAAUCUCACAAGGAUGAAAUUUUCCAGCAGGUACAAUGGUCGCCUCAUAACGAAACCAUUCUGGCUUCAAGUGGCACUGAUAGAAGACUCAAUGUGUGGGACUUGAGUAAAAUUGGAGAGGAACAAUCAGCAGAGGAUGCAGAAGAUGGCCCUCCCGAGCUCCUGUUUAUUCACGGAGGACACACUGCCAAGAUAUCGGACUUCUCCUGGAACCCCAAUGAACCCUGGGUAAUCUGCUCUGUAUCAGAGGACAACAUCAUGCAAGUGUGGCAGAUGGCUGAGAAUAUUUAUAAUGAUGAAGAGCCAGACACUCCGGCUUCUGAACUGGAAGGACAAGGAUCUUAAUGGAGAUGCCCCAGCAUGGCUGUAUAAGAAAGUGGAGAAAACAAACAGAACCAAUCCUUGAGACCUUCCUUUGGUAGUUAACUUUUCCCGUGGCUCCAUUUUGUUCACUGAGCAUUUGUUUUGUUUUUUUCAGCAUUCAGCUAAAUAGAAUACUUGCGUUCUCCACCAAAACAUUUUUGUAUAGUUAUUUGUAUCUGGUAGUAUGAUGUUUUAAUGUUUUUUUUUUUUUUUUAUAUCACAACAGUUUGAUACUGUAGAAAUUGCCAAUUAUUGCAAACUAUGCCAUUUAUGGUUCUUGCACCACUUUUUUGGGGACGUGGGGGUUGAGGCCUUUGAGGUGGUAUUUCAGUGAAUUUCACAUACUGAAUCAAGUGUGUGGACAGAUUGUUUUUGCAGUGGACAAGACCCACAAAUAUUGCCGGAAGAAACAUAAGUACGAAACAUUUUAUAAACUGCCCCUUUUUCAUGUUUAUCAAAUAUUAUGUUUUAUAAUAUUAAAGCGAGUUGUCGGUGUGCAUGAUAAGCAUAUGUUGACAUUUAAGUUAUGUUGCUUCCUUUGAACACAUGUUCAUUUUGUUUAGAAUACAUUAUAAAGAUGCAAUAAAACAUUUUGUAACAACUUUUAAAAA